AUGGCCUCAUUGCCGGAGCUGCAGGACAAGGUUGCUGACCUGCAAAAGCAGAAUGAAAUCCUGGGCAUGGAGAACGAGAUGCUCGCGGACUACCUCCAACGCGAUGCAGAGAGGACUUCUGGCCUGGAGGAUACCGAUGAGGCCUUAUCAGACCUGCCAUCUUCACCUGUUGACAAGGGCAAGAAGGCAGCCAAAGGUGGCCGGCAAGGUCAGCAGCGACGGCAGUUGCCGACAGCAUUGAACCUGGAGGACAAGUUCAGGAUAGCAAACCAAGAGAUGGAAGCUUUGACAAAGGAUAUCGCACAGACGAAGUUGACAUCCGAUCAGAACCUUGACAUCCUGAAAGCAUUGAUGGAGGAAACAGACAUCAGGAUAGCAGAGGUCAAGCGGGAUGCCUACGAGUUCAGGCGCGACAUAGUCGUGGGUGCAGAGAAUCCUCGAACUGGCAAGACCGUUGCUGAGAAGGUCUUAAAGUACAUGGAGGACAAGCUGACGCAGAAGGACAUGCAGAUCAACAAGCUUCUCAUGAAGAACCAGGCAUACAAAGUGGCCAUCAAAAAGGCUGAGCAGCAGCUGAAGUCGAAGGCAGAAACAGGUGACGACCUGCAGUACAUCGACUUUCAUCAGCUGCAAAUCGAGAACUCCCAGUUCGUUAAACGCAUUGAGGAGGCGAAUCAGGAGCUCAUUGAGCUGAAACGACGCGCUGGGAGAACGGUCAAGAUCUUAAACAACAUGAAGAAGCGGCUAAGCAGCCUCACUGCCGAGGCGAAGUUCCUGGAAGAUGAGAUCAAAGAGCGGAAAGCCAUGCUUGCAAAGACGGAGCAUGACAUUGUCAAGGUCGUCGAGGAAAAGGAAGCAGCCAGAAAGGAGCACAAGAAGCUCCGAGCACAGUCUCGGCAGUCCCCUGAAAUGCCUCAAGUCGUGGACUACGUAAGCCAAAAAGCGGAGGCCUAUGAGCUGGAGGCGCAAAAGCGCAACUGGGAAAGGAAAGUGGAGUUGGCGGAGACUGCGGCCAAGCGCAUUCGUCAAGCUGUGAAAAGUGGAACACAGCUGUCGGACCCUCAGGCCUGGCCGCAGCUGAUUGUACAGGACAUGCCCCGCCUUAGCCCACUUGCUUCGCUGCAGAUCGAGCCGGCGCUGGAGUCUGCUAGAAUGUGGCUGGGCAACAAGUACUGGUGCAGUAGCCUCCCGAUAGGACGUGGCAAGGCCAGCAGCCAAGCCGUCAACAACUUUCAUGAAACGGGAGAGAGUGAGACCAGCGAGAUCCUAUCUUGUUUGAAUGCAGCUAUGAUCUUUCAGCGACGAGGUACGUUGUCAGCUCUUGUCAUUGGCCUCUUCGUUGGCCAUCCACCAAUGACAAGAGGUAGGGCACUGAGUGUCAGUGAGGGCCAAGGGCAGGGCGCGUGCAUGACAAACGACAAGGCAUUGUCCAUGUCAUUGGUCCAGAGCAGGCUGGCCCAAGUUUGGCUGCUGCUUGCAGCUUCGUAUGUGAUGCAGGUGCAGGUGUUGCUCCGGUCCUGGUUUUCUGCUAGCGGUUAUGCUGCUUUAGUUGUUGUUGCGGCAUCCGCCGGGGCAUUUGGUGCCCCAUUUCUAGACACGGUGCAGCUCUGUCUGGUGAAUCGCAUCGGAACCUCGGAAGUCGAGCAUGUCCUGGCAACGCAGACGCUGCGAGGAGCUCGUCACCUCGGGCAGCGAGUGAAAGUUUCUGGCAAGCUAAUUGAAGGCGUUACAUCCAAGGAUGUGAUUUUGCACAUCAUUGGUGUGAUCGGUACUGCCGGUGGUACUGGCAGUGUCAUCGAGUAUUGCGGAGAUGUGUUCGAGAACAUGUCCAUGGAGGCGAGGAUGUCCGUGUGCAACAUGACCAUUGAAGCAGGGGCGCGGGCGGGCAUGGUGGCUCCUGAUGACAUUACUUUCAGCUACCUGAAGGGAAGGCCCUUGUGCCCCAAAGGGAAAGACUGGGACAAGGCAGUGGAGUACUGGAAAAGCCUGCGCACCGACAAGGGGGCCAAGUUUGACAAAGAUAUCAACAUCGAUGCCGCUGACAUUGCUCCAACAGUGACGUGGGGCACAAGUCCUGAAGACGUCGUUGCCAUUACAGGAACAGUUCCCGAUCCCAAUGAGGCGAAGGAUGAGACGAAGAGGAGUGGAAUGCAGCGGGCGCUGCAGUACAUGGGUUUGGAACCUGGAACCAAGAUGCAAGACAUCUCCGUCCAAAAGGUGUUCAUAGGAUCGUGCACAAACAGCCGGAUUGAGGACAUGCGUAGUGUGGCCGCAGUCGUCAAGGGCAGAAAGGUGGCCGCAGGAGUGGAUGCCAUGAUCGUGCCUGGCUCCGGAUUGGUCAAAAAGCAGGCAGAAGCCGAGGGCCUUGACAAGAUCUUUGUGGAGGCUGGCUUUGACUGGCGGGAACCCGGUUGUUCCAUGUGCCUCGGAAUGAACCCGGAUCGCCUCAAGCCGCAGGAGCGAUGUGCAGCAACCUCCAACAGAAACUUUGAGGGCAGACAGGGACCGCAGGGCCGAACUCACCUCAUGAGCCCUGCAAUGGCGGCCGCUGCUGCUGUCACCGGAAAGCUCAAAGAUGUCCGCGAGCUCAUGCCAGAGAUGCAAGCCAGGGGCCAAGCUUCUGUGGCGAGGACUUUUCCUGUAGAACUUCCGGCCCAGCCGAUUGACAGCACUAUCUUUCGCAGGUGCAGCUCCCUCUGCCGGAGCCACGGGAAUGCCCAAGUUCACGAGGUUGACACGGACUGCAUCAUUCCGAAGCAGUUUCUGAAGACCAUUAAACGAACUGGGCUGGGCAAGGCUGCCUUCUUUGAGCUGCGGUAUGACGCACCUUGGCAGAACGAAGCAUGUUUCGAGCACAUGCCACGGUGCUAUCAAGUUGAGGGGCGGCAUGGUGACAGUGUAUUUUGCGAGGAUGAUGGCGUCACGGAGAACAAAUCGUUCAUCCUCAAUCAGGAGAACCACGCUGGCACUCUGCCGUCUCAGCAGUCCAUCCAACUAACUUGUGCUCAGGAACCAUACAGAACCUCCUCUGUUCUCAUUGCUGGUGACAAUUUCGGCACGGGCCCUGAAACCUGUGAUCUUGGGUGUUGCAAAUCCAGCUUUGCAGGGUUUUCAGGGGCAGCAGCUGUCAAGAUUGGCGCGCUGAUUGAGGAUGUGGCUCAUCACGCGAGCACGCGCAGUGAACUCGGCUUCGCCCAGCUGGCCCAGCUGGCCCAGCUGGCUCAGCUGGCUCAGCUGGCUGUUGUUCCCUUCUUGUUUUCAGCAUUGGAGGGUCUCCCAGUGGCGGGAGGGACGAGUACUCGUAGCUCUGAUCGCGCACCGCGCCGAUUAAGGCCAUGGGCUCUCAACGACCAGGGCAUCCGCUGCAUUAUUGCUCCCAGCUUCGCAGACAUCUUCUUCAACAAGUGGAGCCUGCACAGUUAA